CAAGAGUUUACAUUAAUUUGCAACAGAUUAAGGUUAAAAAAAAUGUCACAUGGGAAAAAACAAUGUAAGAUUAAUUUCACAAGUAUUUUGGCACUCUUCAUAAUUUUCAUUUAUUAUUUUCACUUUCACAAAAACUGUGUGAGGUGCACAAGUCAGGAAUUAUUUUUACCCACUUUACAAAUAAGGAAAGAGAACUAUAGAAAUGGUUGGGUGACUUGCUCUAGGACAUGGAUCUGGUGAGAUCCUAGUGUUCUACCUAUGCCACCCCCUCUGUAAAACAGAACAUUACUUGUUGGUAUACAGAACCAAGUGGCUGCUGUACCAAAGGCUGUGUGUGCCAUGCCAGACUGGGGCUGUGGGCUCCUGUAUAGUUAGCAACUGUGCUAGAGGGUGGGGACAGAGCAGCAGCCAUGACCCCUACUCACACCUGUGCACUGUGAUAAAGAAAAUAGAAGUAGCCAGCAGCUGUGGUUCAACCAGAUAAAACUUUUAGGCGGGAAGUCAAGUGACAAGUGAACUUGUGUGUGUGUGUGUUUUAGAUGUUAAUUGCUUUUGAAAUUUUUUAAAAAGGCAGCUUGAGGAAGUCGGACCAAAUAGUAGCAGGAAGGUAUUGCAGCAAGAUGGAUUUGGGAAAGAACCAACCUCGUUUGGCACUGCAUCAGACAUGUGAUUCUCACCAAGAAAACUACGUUCCAGAAGUGAUUGGAACUUGGAGUUUGCGAAACAGAGAGCAGCUCAGGAAAAGAAAAGCUGAAGCACAAGAAAAGCAAACGUCACAAUGGCAGUUUGGAGAGAAAAAAUACAAGCGGCAGAAGACGGGAAAAGGAAAUCAAAGAGGCAGAAAGAACCACCAAAAUACAGAACUAAAGGUAGAGCCUCAGUCACAAUUAGAAAAGGAAAUGAUGGAGAAUGCACUGGCACCUACAGAGAAAGAAAACGAAUCACCUAGGAGUGUAACUGAAGCUCUCCCUUCAGUAGCCUCCCCAAAGAGAACUGAACCUGAGAAAAAACUUCCUGCCACAGGUCAAGAAAGCACUAUAUGUCAGAAAAAUUCUUCUGAGUACCAAGAAACAACAGUUCAAAACCACCCUUCUGAAAUAGGCCAAGAUAUUGCUGAGCCUGAAGACCUCUCUCCUAAAUUGUGCUUAGAAAUCGCUGUAAUUCAAGGUCAUUCUUCCAAAAUGUGCCAUGAUAUGGCUGGACCUGAAGACCUCUCUCCUAAAAUGUGCCAAGAAAUCGCUGUAAUUCAAGGUCAUUCUUCCAAAAUGUGCCAUGAUAUCCCUGAACCUGAAGACCUCUCUCCUAAAAUGUGCCAAGAAACAUCUGUAGUCAAAGCCCUUCCUUCUAAAACAUAUGAAGACACAGCUGGCAUGGAAGGAUGCUCUCUUGAAGUAUGCCCCAAAGCAGAAGUGCCUAAAGGUUACACUCUUGAAACACACCAAACAAGAGCUGAACCCAAGGAAGACAGUACUGAACCAGGUCAAGGAAUAGCUGGGACUGAAAGCUUUCCUCCUAAAAUACAACAAGAAAUAGCUGAGCCUAAGGACCUUUCUACAAAAGCAUACCAAGAAAGGGUUGAACCUGAACAUGUUUCUCAUAAAGCCUAUGAAGAAAUUUCUGUGCCCAAAGCCCUCUCUUGUAAGACAAUCCAAGAAACACCUGCUCAUGAGGAAUGUCCAUCUGAAAUAUACAUUUACCAAAAAACACCUGAGCCUGAAGAUUGUGCAUCUGAAAUAUACCAAGAAAAACAAGGGCCUGAAGACCUCUCCACUAAGAUAUAUAAGAAUGUGCCUGUAUUAUGCUUUCCUGAACCUACCCAAGAAGUAGAUGGGCCCCAUGGCCAGGAUCCUAACGCACACCAGGAAGAUACUACGGAUGUUUAUACUUUUUCUCGAGAAAUGAAAGAAAAGCCAAAAGCACAAGAACCAGAGACACCAGCAAUUCCAGAUGUUCCUCAAGAGAUCAACCCAGAAAAUGAUGUCUAUAGUUAUGUUUUGUUUUAACAAUGCUCGAUCAUAACAAUUGUGAAGCAAAAUACACAUCUUAUUCCACAUGAUUUCUCUCAAAAUAUUGUAGCAAUCUCUACAAUAUUCAUUAAUAAUUUAAUAGUGUGUUCUUUUUCCAUGUAUAGACCUUAUCUGAAAGAGAAAACUAAUGUGUUUUUCAGGCUAUAUUACAUAGACAAUAAUCUACAGUGUGUGCAUGUGUGUGUGUGUGUGUGUGUGUGUGUGUAUUGGGGUGAGGAUAGUGGUGGGAAAAGAUGAAAAUGAGAAAGGGGAGGGCUGAAUAAUUAACUUACCCCUAAUAAUUAUUUUUUAUUAAUUUUUUUUUAAUUUACACCUGUGGAUAUUGUUUCAUUGAUUUUCAGAGAGAGUGGAAAGGAGGGGGAGAGAUAGAGGGAAAGAAACAUCAAUGUAAGAGGGACAUAUGGAUUGGUUGCCUUCUGCAUGCACCCUGACCAGGGCCAGGGAUUGAGCCUGCAACUGAAGUAUGUGCCCUUGACUGGAAUUGAACCUGGGAGUCUUCGGUCUAUGGGCUGUCGCUCUAUCUACAGAGUCAUACCAGCUAGGGCUUGAUUAAUUCUUAAGAGCAGAAAAAUUAAUAAAUCUGAGCACUUAAAAUAUGGGUGAGUAUAUACUUGUAAACUUUGUUCAACUAAUAAUGUAAAAAUAGCAUCAAAAUUUUAUUGAGAUUUUAGGUGUGUUUUUUUUUUAAGUUAAUUUUAUCUUUCUGGUACUCCAAAGAACUUUUGUAGUGCUGAAUAUAUUGUGUAUUUGAAUUUGAAUUUUCUGUUUUUACUUUUUAUAUAUUGUAUUUGUACAUUAAAUCAUUAUUAUAUGCUUAA